AUGAAUCAUACUAAAGAAGCAACCUUGAAAUAAUCAAUAGAUCAGAAAAGAAUUAUGAGAUUAUUAUAAAAUAGAAAGCAUUCCCAUUCUUAUGCUCCCACUUUUGAAAUUCUGUAAGCAACAAUAAGAGAUUUUUCUUAUAAUAGACUUUUAAAUGUAGAAUAUAAUUAACCUAAAAGAAGUGAAUUUACACAUAGUUAACUUCAACAUUAAGAACUUUAACAUAUGUAUCAUACUAUCAAUAUAAAAGCAUCAAAUAAAUACUUGAUAAUGGAACCAAAUCAUUUAGCCGUAGAUAUAAAUUAAGAGAAUUUCCAUGUUCUCCUUUUAAUUAAUCUUAGAAUCAAUUCAUUUAAUCAUCAAAACAAUUUGAAUUACACAAAUAAAAUAGUCUCUUCAUUAAAAUACAUAACCAUUCAAAUUUGAAACUCUCUAAUUAUAUUCAGAUUAAUAAAAGAAAAAAUAUCAUUAUAUUAAUUUUGAUGAUUCUCAUUCAGAUGAAAUCAAGAAGAAUUAGACAAUUAAGAUUAAGUAAAAUAAAGUAUAAGAAAACAUAUUUUUGCUAAAUAAAGUUAUUUAUCAACUUUAAGAUUAUAUUUUGA